AUGAAGAACAGUGUGGAAAAGAAUCAGACUACAGAGAAGACUGAAACUAAACAAGCUGAGUGUUUAGCAACCAGUGGAAAUAUAACCUCAAGUAGAUCAAGUGAAGGAUCUUUGAACUCAGAAGAUUUAUUCCAGGGAAGUGAUGUUUCCCCUAUUGCUGACCAAGAAGAGAUUUCCCAAGAUGAAGAAAAACCUGUUGUUCCUGAAGAUACUCUGAGUAGUCAAAGUGUUCCUGGAGACAAAAACAAUGAUGGCUAUGAAUUAGGAGCUGAGAGCAAGAUGUAUAAUUCUUCAAUUUUGAAAAAUUUGGAGGAUAAACUGAAACAUCUGAGUGUUGAACAAGAUCAGUUACUUGAUGAUAUUGGACAAGCCAAGUUUGUUUCUAAGAUAGACUUGUUGAAAGGAUAUAAUCAAAUUCCCUUAGAUGAAAUUGCUAAGUUGCUGUCAGCUUUUAUUACUCCUUUUGGACUGUAUCAGUAUAAUGUUCUGCUGUUUGGUCUAAUGAAUGCACCUGCAACAUUCCAGCGAGGAAUGGAUCAACUACUAGGAUCUAUAGAAGGAGUAAGUGUAUACCUGAAUGAUAAAGUAAUUCACAACAUGGGAAGAACAUCUGAAGAUUCUGAGGAAAGUUUUCAAGAAACUACGAGAAGCAGGAUUAAGUGA